UCAAAUGAUAUGUCUAGUGUAAAAAAAAUUAAAGAGACCAUAAUAAAACUGUUAUUGCAAUGUUCAAAUUUUUCGCCUCCAAAUCUGGCAUAUUAUUUACUUGGUUUUAAUUUAGAUAAUGUACAAAAUACUUGUUUUGAAAAUGCUGGUUUUAGAGGAAACCCUAAAAACUGUUUGCAAUCAAUUAUUGAUAUAUUGGAUGAAUCACUGAAAAGUCGCAAGAAUGGAACCGUUUGUAAACAUCAUUCAAAACUAUUGGAAUUAUGCUAUCAGUUAAUAUUUGUAUUAGUUUCAAGUAAUCAAACAUAUAGACCAGUUUUGGUAUAUUUAAAAUCCCGUAAUGACUUUAUUUUACGUCAUGCUUCUACAUUGCCAUUUUACACAGAAAGUUCUAGCAAAAAAGUCAACCCGUUAGUAUUAUUGAAAAUUAUUUAUACAAAUCUAUAAAUUAUUAAUUAUUAAUUAAAUUUAAACUAUAUUAAAAUAGGC